GGAGAUACAGAUAUCUCAAGAUAACAGAGGCUUAGCCCUUCAACCCUAUAAAUGAACUCCCAAAUUCCACAACAUACAACUCAGAAAACCAUAACAUCUUCUAACAAACUUCAACAAUGGCUGCUUCAACCAUGGCUCUCUCAUCUCCAUUUGCCGGACAAGCGGUCAAAACCGCUCCAUCCAGCUUUGAAGUUUUCGGAACCGGACGGGUUUCCAUGAGGAAAACUGCAGCACCCAAGAAGGUUGCACCAUCAGGAAGCCCAUGGUACGGUCCUGACCGUGUCAAGUACCUCGGCCCAUUCUCCGGUGAGGCCCCAUCAUACCUCACCGGUGAAUUCCCAGGUGACUAUGGUUGGGACACUGCUGGGCUUUCUGCUGACCCAGAGACAUUUGCCAAGAACCGUGAGCUUGAGGUCAUCCACUGCAGAUGGGCCAUGCUCGGGGCUCUUGGGUGUGUCUUCCCAGAGCUUUUGGCCCGUAACGGUGUGAAGUUCGGUGAGGCCGUAUGGUUCAAGGCUGGAGCCCAAAUCUUUAGCGAAGGUGGGCUUGAUUACUUGGGUAACCCAAGUUUGAUCCAUGCCCAGAGCAUCUUGGCCAUUUGGGCCACCCAAGUGAUCUUGAUGGGUGCGGUUGAGGGUUACAGAAUUGCGGGUGGGCCAUUGGGUGAGGUUGUUGACCCACUUUACCCUGGUGGUAGCUUUGACCCGUUGGGCCUUGCCGAUGAUCCAGAGGCUUUUGCUGAGUUGAAGGUGAAGGAGAUCAAGAACGGAAGGCUAGCCAUGUUCUCCAUGUUUGGGUUCUUUGUUCAAGCCAUUGUGACUGGAAAGGGUCCAUUGGAGAACCUCGCUGACCACCUUGCGGAUCCUGUUGCCAACAAUGCUUGGUCUUAUGCUACAAACUUUGUUCCUGGAAAGUAAAUGUAUUGAACCUUGAUGUUAAAUGAUCUGGAGUAUGUGAAUUAAUAUAUGAUUUUAUUUGAGCUUUUUAUGGUA